CAUUAACUCUUUUUAGAAAUCCUCAAUUAAAGCAAUAUGAGUGAAGCUUUUCCAAUGAAUGGUGGAGAUGGUGCUUACAGUUACACCAAAAAUUCCCAAUAUCAGAAACUAGGGUCGGAUUCAGUGAAAGAAAUGAUCCAACAAGCCAUCAUCGAAAAUCUAGAUACCAAAAUCUCAAACACAGUUGCAAUAGCAGAUUUAGGUUGCUCAGUGGGUCCAAACACAUUCUUCACAGUUGAAAACCUAAUCAAAGCAGUGCAAAAGAAACAUCCUUCCAAAACCCUAGAAUUCCAAGUAUUCUUCAGCGACCAUUCGGGCAACGAUUUCAACACCCUCUUCGCCUCCCUCCCACCGGAGAGGCACUACCACGCAGCUGGGGUGCCAGGCUCCUUCCACGGCCGCCUAUUCCCUUGCAGUUCCAUCAGCGUGGCGCACUCCUCCUACGCUGUCCAGUGGCUCUCCAAGCAGCCUCAGGGGGCGCCUAACGAGGGCAGGAUCCACUGCUCGGAUGCGCCUGAGGCCGUGCUCAAGGCCUACUCUGAUCAGUAUGAAAAGGAUUUAGGAGAUUUUGUGAGUGCGAGAGGAGAGGAGGUUGCGAGCGGAGGAAUUGUGAUUCUGGUAUUCGCGGCUGCUCCUGACGGAAUCCCCCAUUCGGAGAUUCUCACCAGUGUCCUCUAUAGUUAUUUUGGACAUUGUCUAAUGGAGCUGGCUAAUGAGGGAGUGGUUGAGAAGAAGAAGAUAGACGAGUUCAACUUGCCUCUCUACGAUCCGAGAGAGGGGGAGGUGAGGAGGGUGAUAGAGAGGAACGGGUGCUUUAGCGUUGUGAAGAUGGAGUUGUUGUAUCCGUUAGAGACUAGAGAGAUUGAGGUGGGUAGCAUGAUUGUGUCGUUGAGGGCUGCACUAGAAGGUGUUUUCAUGGCUUGUUUUGGGAGUUCAGUGGUGGAGAAACUUUUCAACAAAAUGUUAACCAAAACUGAUGAAAUUGCUAAGAGGUUGGAGAGUGUGCAUGAUCAUGCUCAGCUCUUUCUUGUGUUGAAGCGCAAAUGAUUCAUUGGGAUUGCUUCUAUUUUCAAGUUUAAUUUCCUCAUGAGUAAGGAGUAAUAAUGUGGCAUCAUUUUGUAUUUGUCAAUUGGAGUUUCACUGUAUUUGGUAACUUAAUAAAUCGAAUUUAUCAAUCA